AUGGGGAGCAUCGCGGCCAACUGGAAGAAGCUGAGCGGGGAGGACGAAUGGGCCGGCCUGCUGGAGCCGCCGCUCGACGCCGACCUCCGCCGGUACCUCAUCCACUACGCGGAGCGGGCCCAGGCCCUCUACGACGCCUUCAACGACGACAAGCUUUCCACGGCGUACGGAUUCAGCCGCUACCCGCCCGACGAGGACUUCUUCGCCAGCGUCUUCCUCCGGAACGGGAACCCUUACGAAUACGAGAUCACCCAAUUCUUCUACGCCUCCACGGCGUACACGGUGGGCGACUGGGCCGUCGCCGACGGCCGGUCGGCGUGGAUCGGGUACGUGGCCGUAAGCACGGAGAAAGGUACAUGGAGGUUGGGGAGGCGGGACAUGUUGGUGUGCUGGAGGGGGACGAAGACGAGGGCGGAGUGGUUCCAGGACGCGAGCUCUGCAAUGGUUCCGGCUUCCGAGGUUUUUGGGAGUACGGCUCAUGAUCCCAUGGUGCAUCAGGGAUUCUUCAGCGUUUACACCCAUAACAGCCCUCAUUCCACCUACAACAAGACCAGCGCCCGCCAACAGGUGCUAGCAGAGGUGAGAAGGCUAGUGGACAAAUACCGCAACGAGGAAACCAGCAUCACCGUGGUCGGACACAGCUUAGGCGCCGCCCUGGCCACCCUCAACGUCGCCGACAUAGUCACCAACCACUACCACAAACCGACCCACACCGGUCCAACCACUUCCGGCGGCUGCAUGGUCACCGCGUUCGUCUACGGCUGUCCUCUCACUGGCGACCAAGGCUUCCACGACAUGUUCACGGGCCUUUCCCACCACCUCCGCCUCCUCCGGAUCCGGAACUUCCCUGACCCGGUCACCACCUACCUGCCGGAAUUCUUCGGGUUCGUCCACGUCGGGAAGGAGCUGGUCAUUUAUAUUAAGUCGCCUUACUUGAAGCCGGGUCCGAACCACCACAGCUUGGAGCUCUACAUGCACGGACUGGACGGGUACAAUGGAGUCCGGCCGUUUGAGCUGGUGGUGAGGCGGGAUCUGGCGCUGGUGAACAAAGGGGAGGAUCAUCUCAAGGAUGAGUUCAAGGUGCCGCCGAAUUGGUGGACGGAGAAGAACAAGGCGAUGAGACAGCUGGGUGAUGGGUCCUGGGCGAUCGCUGACUACAUGCCGCCGCCUCCUGCUGCGGCGGAGGACGGCGCUGAACGUUAA